GUUAGUAUUGUAAUGGGAAUGAUACUCUCACCAGCCUGUCUUAAUCCAUGCACAUAAUUAAAAAAAAUUGACACAUGGAAUAACAUCAUAAUGACAUUGGCUCCCCCAUUUUUAAACUAUUUUUUAGUUUGGAUUCACAUAACAAAUCUCAUCCUUUUUUUUUACAUGUAUAUCAAAAUAACAGCUUUUUGGAGCACUUAGGAGUUAGAACUCUAACAACAUUUAUAAUUGAUAUGUGAUCCAACACAUGCUUUUGUUGGUUUGUUAUGGGUUUCUUUGAGUCUUUGCUGGGAAAACAUGCCAGUAAGUUCCUCAAAAGGAAAGACAGUGAUGCCGGAGAAGCAGGUCGAGCAUUGGAAGAACUCAAAAGUUCUCUCUUCAAUGAGCUACGAACCUCUGAAGGUGCUAAGCGCCAACAGCAACGAUUUUGUGGACCAGUUGUGGCGUUGACAUUUAAUUUCAUGGUUGCUGUAGGCAUUAUUAUGGCAAACAAAUUAGUGAUGGGAAAAGUUGGAUUUAACUUCCCAAUUCUUCUCACAUUAAUCCACUACACUACAGCAUGGCUUCUACUUGCUAUUUUCAGGGCACUCUCAAUACUUCCAAUCUCCCCUCCAUCCAAAACUACUCCCUUUUCUUCUCUCUUCUCAUUGGGAGCUGUCAUGGCUUUUGCCUCUGGCCUUGCCAAUACCAGCCUAAAGCAUAACAGUGUAGGUUUCUACCAAAUGUCUAAAAUUGCUGUCACACCUACCAUUGUUAUUGCAGAGUUCAUCCUCUUCAGUAAAACCAUUUCCUCCAAAAAGGUUUUGGCUCUGGCUGUUGUCUCCGUAGGUGUGGCAAUAGCUACUGUAACAGAUUUGGAGUUCAAUUUAUUUGGUGCUUUAGUUGCAAUUGCAUGGAUAAUUCCAAGUGCCAUAAACAAAAUCUUGUGGUCCAGAUUACAGCAGCAAGGCAAUUGGACUGCUUUGGCGUUGAUGUGGAAGACCACCCCAGUUACAAUUUUCUUCUUACUAGCUCUGAUGCCAUGGUUGGAUCCACCAGGAAUUCUAUCAUUUAAGUGGGAUCUCAGCAACUCUACUGCUAUUCUUAUAUCAGCUGCCCUUGGUUUUUUACUACAAUGGUCUGGAGCUUUGGCACUUGGAGCAACAUCCGCGACUUCUCAUGUUGUCCUAGGACAAUUUAAGACCUGUGUGAUACUACUUGGAGGCUAUUUUAUUUUCAAUUCAGAUCCAGGGUUUGUAAGCAUCUGUGGAGCUAUAACAGCUCUUAUUGGAAUGUCAGUUUAUACAUCACUUAACUUGCAAGAAUCAGGUGAAAGUUCGAGUAAGCAGCUUCCAACUCCUGUAAAACCAAAGGAUGAAGAGAGCACAGAGUUGGACAUCAAAGAUAGCGCAAAUGUAGUCUAAAAUAACUCAAAGAUUAUUACAUUCUCUCUAUGAAUGCAUGUGAGAGAAAAAGAGACACAGGUUCUUGGUACCAUCCCCUUGGGCUGGGUGCCAAGUGCCAACUCUUAGUUUUUUUAGUUUUUUUACAUGGGAUGUUUUGUGUACAGACAAAAGAGUAAUCGCAGUUUUGAAUUUAAUCAACCAAAGUACAAAGAUCAUUUGAACUGUCUUA